UUUUAGAACAGUUUCCAGAAGUGAUGGGAGGGGAUGGGCAGGCAGCUACUAAAUAUAGUCCUGGGGCCAAUGUCAGUCUGGGAGGGUCUGCCCUCUGCUCACUCUGUGUCCAUCACCGGCAGUGUCCACUGUCCACUGCCCGGGAGUCCCUGUCCUUGCUCUGAGCCUGCUGCUUGUCUUUGGACACUUUGGUCAUAGCUCUGACCCCCUUACUUAGGCCUGACCCUGACUGGUCCUCUUGGGAAUCCCUUUUGGCCUAAGAUUUUGGACCAGACCUGCUCAUCAUGUCCGCUGCGCCCGGGCUUCUGCACCAGGAACUGUCCUGCCCGCUGUGCCUGCAGCUGUUCGACGCGCCUGUGACCGCCGAGUGCGGCCACAGUUUCUGCCGCGCCUGCCUGGGCCGCGUGGCGGGGGAGCCGGCAGCGGACGGCACGGUGCCCUGCCCCUGCUGUCAGGCACCCACGCGGCCGCAGGCGCUCAACACUAACCUGCAGCUGGCGCGUCUAGUGGAGGGUCUGGCGCAGGUGCCCCAAGGCCACUGCGAGGAACACCUCGACCCGCUGAGCAUCUACUGCGAGCAGGACCGCGUGCUCGUGUGCGGAGUGUGCGCCUCGCUUGGUUCGCACCGCGGCCAUCGUCUGCUGCCCGCCGCCGAGGCCCACGCGCGCCUCAAGACACAGCUCCCUCAGCAGAAGCUGCAGCUGCAGGAGGCCUGUAUGAGAAAAGAGAAGAGUGUGGCCCUGCUGGAACAUCAGCUGGUGGAGGUGGAGGAGACAGUUCGUCAGUUCAGGGGGGCUGUUGGGGAGCAGCUGGGCAAGAUGCGGGUGUUUCUGGCUGCACUGGAGGGCUCUUUGGAGCGUGAGGCAGAACGAGUGCGUGGAGAUGCUGUGGUGGCCUUGCGGAGGGAGCUGUCAGGCCUGAACUCUUACCUGGAGCAGCUGCGGCAGAUGGAGAAGGUACUGGAGGAGGUGUCCGACAAGCCACAGACUGAAUUCCUCAUGAAAUACUGCUUGGUGACCAACAGGCUGCAGAAGAUUUUGUCAGAGUCACCUCCACCUGCACGUCUGGACAUCCAGCUGCCUGUCAUCUCAGAUGACUUCAAAUUUCAGGUGUGGAGGAAGAUGUUCCGGGCUCUGAUGCCAGCGCUGGAGGAGCUGACUUUCGACACCAGCUCUGCGCACCCGAGCCUGGUGGUGUCCUCUUCGGGCCGCCGAGUGGAGUGCUCAGAGCAGAAGGCGCCACCGGCCGGCGAGGAUCCGCGUCAGUUCGAUAAGGCGGUGGCGGUGUUGGCGCAGCAGCUGCUGUCGGACGGCGAGCACUACUGGGAGGUGGAGGUGGGCGACAAGCCGCGCUGGGCCCUGGGCGUGAUGGCGGCUGACGCCCCUCGCCGAGGCCGACUGCACGUGGCGCCGUCGCAGGGCCUGUGGCUGCUGGGGCUGCGCGACGGGAAGGUCCUGGAGGCGCACGUGGAGGCCAAGGAGCCGCGUGCGCUGCGCACCGAGGCGCGGCCGUCGCGCAUCGGCCUCUACCUGAGCUUCGGCGAUGGUGUCCUCUCCUUCUAUGAUGCCAGCAACGCGGACGCGCUCCAGCCGCUCUUUGCCUUCCGCGAGCGAUUGCCCGGGCCGGUGUUCCCCUUCUUCGAUGUGUGCUGGCACGACAAGGGCAAGAACACCCAGCCGUUGCUGCUCGUGGGGCCCGAGGGCGCGGAUGCCUGACCGUGGGAGCCCCAGGUCGGGCCAGGAGGGACGAGGGUGGGGGGCGAUUGCCAGGGCUGAAUACAGUAGGGUGGCAAGGCUGGGAAUCGGGGUCUCCAAGAGUUCUGAGAAACAUGGGGGUUUGCUGGGAAAGUGCUGGGUGACCUUGAGAACAGAUUCCUUGAGGGAGGGAGAUCCAAGGUCAUAUCAGUGAGAAGUGUGAGUUUGAGAACUGAGGCCCAAGCGUUCUAGGAGGAAACUGAGGCAGAGGGAGGGCUGAGAACAAUCGCUGGAGAAGUCUGUAGAGCCAGGGGCCCCAGUGCUUCACCCACCCUUCUCCUUAAGACUCUGGGGCAAGGGCUCCCCACUCACCAUACCUGAAGGCCUUCACUUAGUGCUUACACAAAAUUGCUUUUUUAAAGCACUUGGUAAAACUUAGAUUGCUGAGUUUCAGAUGCAGUACCGGUGGGCAGGUCAAAGACGGUCACUUCUUGCCGGGUGCUGGUGGUUCACCCCUGUAAUCCUAGCUACUCAGGAGGUAGAGAUUAGGAGGAUUCAGGUUUGAAGCCAGCCCAGGAAAAUAGUUGCUGAGAU